CGUAAGAAUGGCUUUGUGGUGCUCAAAGGCCGACCAUGUAAGAUCGUCGAGAUGUCUACUUCCAAGACUGGCAAGCAUGGCCAUGCCAAGGUCCACCUGGUUGGUAUUGACAUCUUUACUGGGAAGAAAUACGAAGAUAUCUGCCCCUCCACUCAUAAUAUGGAUGUCCCCAACAUCAAA